GUUUUUCAGACCGGGGAAAAGUGAGUCCUCCGCCCGUUUUUUUUGUCACAUGGAUCUAUUUCAGGCGCAUGGAAGGAUAUGGAAGUAACUGCAGAAAGACGAGAUUUCCGACACUCGGACUGCAUAACACCGCCGGAGCUGAGGCGCUGAUCGGUCAAAGGAGAAAAAGAACGUUACCUCUACAACCUACUUCAAGGCUUGAAAAGGGACCAAAAAUGCAGUAUUUUGCAUUGAACAACGGGCAGCAACAGCAGUUUGGAUCGCAUUUUCAACGCACACAAGCUGCUCCACAUUUUACCCAUGAUGGACAGGGAAAUCCUCAAGCUGCGACUGCAAAUACCGUACUUCAGCACAGGACGGCAAACUCAGGAGCCCAGCCAUCGCAGAGUUCUCAUUUCAACUUUCACAGUGGAGCAUACCCUGCAAGGCCGUCAUUAAAUAGGCAGACCUCUGCAGGUCCUCAUCAUGUCUCUUCUCAUCAGAUGGGUGGAGUGGAUCCUUACAGUUAUUCUAAUAUUCUUAGAAUGUUGAUUGAAAACUCACCAUCCUCAUCAAGUAAUGUGCAAAGUGGAAACCCUGGUUUUCAGACCUCGUAUGGAUAUAAUGUUGCAAGGCAGCAAGAUUUACAUCAGAAUUCUGCAACGCAGAGUCAGCCUAUGAGGAUGGCGACAAACGCUGUGUACUCUCAAGAAGACAUGUCGACUUACUGGAAACAGACACCCGUGUCUCUUGACACGCAAUCAAAAACAUCACAGAAUGUUUGCAGCAGCCCUUUAAUGUCUGCCUCUGCAAACUCACAGACAGUUCAUAACCGGCUCUACAGACAAAACAGCACUCAGCGUGGAUACUCUCCUUCCAAUCCACCAACAAGUUCUAAUAUGGCCAACUCCCUGCCUUUCAGAAAUCCCACGACUGCAACAACAAACCUUUCCCCAAGUGCGCAGGUUUUGUACAAUACCAACAUGAGUCAGAAAACUCAACAAUUCCCAUCUCAACUCUGCUCAUCAUACAGUAGCGGUGUACACGCUAACAAUGCUCAUAACCCAAAUUCAUAUAACCAGAAUAAAGCCAGCGUUUUUUUGACAAAAUCAAAAGAGCCUCCCUCUAAUCCAGAGGGGGCAAUCAGGGGCAAUAUGAAUUCGGCAUACUUAGGUCAGUACACUGCUCACCCUGAUGGUCCACCCCCACCAUACAUUAGUUUGACUUACAGAGGCCAGCAGGGUGUGAGUAACAGCAGAAUGACUGUGCCUAAUCAAAAUACACAACCUGUGACUUCAGCUUUUCCUGAAACGUAUAAACUGGAUUUCAUCUCGGCCAGACCUCUCCAUUCUGGACAGUCUUUAACUGAGACCCCUGAGAGUGCUAUGUCAAGAGCAACCCACCCUGCAAAUGUCCCAUCCCAACAAAACUCUGCACCCGAUGUCUUCUGUAGCAAUCCAACAGGAAAUGGAAGUGGCAGAAGCAUGCCAGGCAACACAUCUCUUCCUACCAAUAACACUAUUUCAAAUGGGCUUCUCAAUAAAUUGCUGAGUGAUACUCAUCCUUUGGAAGAGGCCACUUCCACACUGAACAAGACCCAUUUAUCUAAGUCAAAGAGUUGUGAAAUGCAGGAAAUGCAGUCAGCAGUCAAACAAAGUGACAGCUCUGUUCUCUUGUCGCCUGGUCACACAGGAACAAGAGCUGUUGCUGUUGUGCAGCCGCUGUCUUUGGAAAGCUACGCCAGUGUGCGCACACCAUCUAUUGCCACAACAAGUGAAUCUUCAAGUCACCCGGAGAAAAUAUAUAUUUUGGCAAACCCAGUGGGUGUUCAUGCCAGAGAAGAAUCUAACCUUUGCUCAGAAUAUGCAAGUCAAGAGGGUUCCAACAAAUCUAGAGCAGCUUCAGAUGAUACUGUUGCUUUGUUGACUUCAGUUCCCCAGAACUCGGCGCUCAAAUCUGUUGUAGAUACUAUCAUUGCAAAAACUAUUGAAAAAUUUGUAAUUUCUGAAGCACAAGUAAGUCCUAAAGACUCAAGUAAGCUAGAAACAGCUCCAACUGCUCAUACUUUUGAUCUAUCCUCACUCCCAACAACUGCAUGGACUAAUGCCAACCUAACGAAUUUAAUAAAGGAAUGCGAAAAGACUCAGAUUAACCUGAAGCCUCCUACAGAGACUCCUGUCGGAGAACAACUUAUACACAUGUUUUGGAAUAGCAGUGUCAGACAGUUAAUAGAGGUGAUCAAGGCAGGUGGCCACCAAAAUCUAUUCGUGAACGUUCAUCAACACCUCAAGACACAUGGGAAGUCAGACUCCGUCAUACUGUGGCAAGUAAAGCAAGGCUGUAUGGAGCAACUUAAAAACUGCCAUGUCCUCAAAGACGGCGAAGUCUAUUCAGAAGCGCCUUACAAGUCAUCAUGGUUGAAUGUCAAUGGGCAGCUGAAUGACAUAGACAAUGAAUCUGAGUGUCAUGUAGAUCAGGUGAAGACUGUGAACCAUAGUCCUCCACCAACUUUAAGGGAUGUUCCCAUAGAAGUCGUACCAGGAACACAGCUUGAGCCUGUUAACUUGUGUGUAGAAAAACAAGCCUGCACAGCUGAACCUCCCUCAACUCAGGCGUCCUCCCGUAAUGAGAAAGCACUCAAACCUGCUUACCCAGGUAAAGGAACCCAAGCCUCCACUAUUGAAGAACCCUCAGCUCAAACUGCAACCCCCGAGGAGAUGGAGUUUGAACCUGCUUGCCCGGCUAAAGAAACACAAGCCUCCACCACCGUAGCACCUUCAGCUCAAACUGCACCACCCAAUGAGACAGACAGUGUAGACUCUAGUGACGAGUGUUACUCAUUUAAAAUUGAAGUUUUAUCUCCAGAAGAAGCCAAACAUGUGUUUGGGCAAAUACAAAGUAGUCAAGCAAAGAAUGUCGCGAGCAAGUCUGUGGAGGUUAAUAGAGAUGCAACACUGAGCAAGUCAGAGUCUGUCAAAAUGGAACAAAUUUGCUGCGUUACAAAGUGGAUGCAAACAAUUUUAGGGGCGGAUGCUCCUAAUGUGACUAAAUGCAAAUGCAAAGAAGAACAAAGUCCUAAAAAAAUAACAGACAGAGUCCUCAAAGUUAACCCUACCAUGGAAAGAAGUGCUCCAAAGAAGGCCAAGGAGAAUGUUAAACGAAUUAUGACAUCAAGUCGCCCAGAGGGUCCCAAUAAACUCCUUGAAAUCAUUGACUUAACUGACAAUGACAUCAUACCUCACUUGUCAUCUAACCAGCAACCAAAGAACAUUCCCCACAUAAGUAAUAACACCCAGUCAAACGUCGUAGUCAUAUAUGAAAGUGCAGAUGAAGAUCUGUCUACCACUGAAACUGAAAUUCCCCGGGUGUUGCCAUAUCUAGGCCUUAAGAUGUCAGAAUCCGGGGAUGAGUGUGUGCAAGAAGAGAACAAAUCUGCAGAAACCGUGCAAAUGAGCUCUUCAGUCAGUAGCGAAAAAGAACCCGAAAAGUUCUACGGCCCCGACGACGACAGCUCCUUAAAAACAUCAAGCAACGGUGAAUCUGCACAUCUGUCGGAGUCACCAAUGGAAAGCAAAGCUGACCUCAAGACAACUUUCAGCCGCUCUGUCAAACAUAAAAGAAAAUGGAAAACACUAAGCAGUCAUGACAAUCUUUUUCCACCACACAAUAAUUCAAAGAAGUGCAAACGCAAAGUUGCUCGGGAUUCUGAGCGCCACCUUGAGGUUCCUUCAGAACACACGAAGGUUUCUUCUGAAGUCAUUCCGGCUCAUCCUCUCCCCCCAAAUGCUAGAACUGUAGAGUUGGUGCUGUUUGGUUCGACGCAAGGAGAGAAGCGUGUUUUAAAAGACACCAGAAAGAGACAUGUGUCAUCUUCAGAGGGUAUGUCUAAUGAGGCACAGAAGCCUCCAGAUGUUCUCUCUGUGAACCUCGACUCCUCGGGGAAGGAGCCCAGUGAAGCUGUCUCCAGGGGGGAACAUUCAGCCAAGCGAUGGAUUUAUGAAAACUGGAAGAAGAGCUUUCAGCCGACCAAUAACAGCUGCAAAAUCAAACUAAAAACUGUGCAAUGUCCCUCUGCCUCUGCAUCCGGGCCAAGCUUUAAGAAAGGGAAGCUGCCUGUGUCGCCUAGGAGGAGGGCCUCGCAUGGAAAUGUCAAGCUGUCAAAGAGUUUAUAUAAGAAGAAGAGGUCCCUCUCUUGUGAACUGAAAUUUGGAGAGAAGACAAAGGAGGAAAUUCGCACACUAAAAAAGCCUGAGAGACGUAACACUGUAGGUGAAAGCACCAAUGGCAUGCACGAGAACAACGUGUUGAAGUUCAGCGUGUUACCCAACACCUUCACCUUCAAGGAUGGAUCCAGUGGGAGGAAGGAGACCAACAAACCCCUUUCAGACGAGCCGGAUGUUGAUGAAGAAAAAGACCAGAGCCCCAAUAAAGCUGCCAAGAAAGCGAAAGGUUCAUGGUAUCCGAAUGAGAAGAAGUGCAGCCAACCAGCGGCGUGUUCGCCUCCAGAGACCCCCAGUCUCUUCCACAGGUUUCAGAAGAAAUACAUAGAGAAGACUCAGACUUCCAUGUAGCAAUGAAGUGAGACCGCAAACUGCCUUCUCUCAGGAAUGUAUUUUAUUUUAUUUUUUUGUAUUAUUAUUCAAUACAUUUACUCCCAUGACUCUUAGUUAAAUUAUUCCUUUAUAUUUUUGUACUGUAUAUAUUUUGCAUGGAGUAAGUUCUGUUUUGUACGUAACGCUGUGAUUGUUUACAGUGCCCAAUUCCACUUCUGCUACAAAAAAUUUUUACAUGCAACACGAUAAAGUGACAAUUCAUUUUUGUACCUACCUCUUUGUUUGUUUUAGUGAUCAGUAAAUAAAUUCUCUUUAUUUUUUCUUC